ACACAUGCUGUUUCUGGCACAGAGGAGGAAACAAACAGUUGGGGGGCAGCUUCUUUUGGGACAGAGCUGCUUUGAAAUGCUUGUGAAACUACAGCCUCGGGCAUUUUUCAGCUUUCUUUUUCGCCAUCUGAAGGAGCUUGGCUGGAUCUCCAAAGUGUAUGUGAAUCCACCUGCAGUUGUAAGGCAUGCAGAACAAAUUCAGAAAUGGCGGACUGUGAAAGGUAAUUGGCAAGCUGCUUGGCUGUUGAAAGCUGUCACCUGCAUAGACCUUACCACUCUCUCAGGCGAUGAUACUCCUUCAAAUGUUCACAGACUGUGUUUUAAAGCUAAGCAUCCCAUCAGAGAGGAUCUACUGAAAGCCAUGGAUAUGCAUGAUAAAGGUAUUACUGUCGCAGCGGUUUGUGUAUAUCCUGCAAGAGUCACCGAUGCUGUUAACGCCCUGAAGGCUGCUGGUUGUGAUAUACCAGUAGCUUCAGUGGCUGCUGGGUUUCCAUCUGGACAAACUCCUCUAGAAACGAAACUGGCUGAAAUAAAGCUGGCUGUGCAGUAUGGUGCCAGAGAGAUUGACAUCGUCAUUAGCAGGAGCCUGGUGCUGAGUGGCCAGUGGGAAGGUCUGUAUGAGGAGAUCCGCCAGUGCCGUGAGGCCUGUGGAGAAGCUCACAUGAAAACUAUCCUAGCAACAGGUGAACUAGGGUCCCUUGCUAAUGUCUACAAAGCCAGUAUGAUCGCUAUGAUGGCAGGGGAUGUCAUAGAGGCUUCAUCAUUCAAAUAAGAGACAAAAUGGACCUUAAGCCAAAUCUGAAGUGGAAGCAGAUGCAGUUCCAAUUGACUGAAGUGGAUGAUGCACUACUACGCUAUGUUUGAAUUAGUCCUCUUCUCCUCACGAUUACUUUUGAUAAUUAAUGAUCCCACAGUACACCUUUUCUAAGAAGAAGUAGGUUCCCAGGGGUGAAGUAUGCUCUAUUCCAAUUAAAGAACUUUUGUCACUGUAUUGUGUCAGCGAGGGAUCAGACACUGCAAAGCAAUUUUUUUUUGCUAGUUUCUUAGCUUUUUGUAAUACUGCACUGCUGAAUUUGUUUUAAGGCCACCCAGAACAGCAAGAAUGUACAAGAACACUACACAGGUAUUCAGGACAGACAGUGAGAAAAAUUGUGUAAAAGUGAGAAAACAUGAAAUAAACAAUAAGUCAAGGUUAACUCUCCUUCUUUAAAUAACACAGUUUUUUUUAGUAUUGUUACUGCAUUAUAUCAGACCAUGGCUUUAAGUAUUGUAAUUUGCAGUGUUACAAUUACAAAAUGCAUAAGAAUGGAGUUGUUCCCCUGUUUACAGUAUUACACAGCUGGUUUCAUUAAACACACAUGGGAUUUUUUUCUAUUCACUUCAAACGCUAUGUGAAAUAUGAUACUAGACUGUCAAAUGUGAGACCAAAUUGAUGCAAAGUUGUAUUAAAAACCUGAUGAAAAUUGUUUCUAUUCAGAAAGAUCCUUGUGGAAAUAUUAAAAUAUUGAUAUAUAUGCAAAAUUUGUUUAGAGAAAAUCAUUGGCUUUUUUUUUUGUUGUUGUUGUUAUUCUGCUAUAUUCCUUUUAUGUAUAUGUAACACAUGCAGCACACAUAUAUAAUGUAUGUCCGUACAGGAACAUAUAUGUGAGUUGGUCCAAAAGUAAUGCCUCCUAUUUAUUUCCUUGGAAGCUACAACAGAUGCAAAAAGCACAAUGACACUAUCGGAUAGAGCAAAUUCUCAGCUACUAAGCACUCUUUUUCAACAUAGUCACCACCAUUAGCUGUGCAUUUUUGCCACCAAUGAACAAGAGCCUUCACGCUGUGCUCAUAAAAAUUUGCAGUAGCAGAGAUGACCCUCUGUUUCACAGCUGCUAUGACUAUAUCAUUGCUAGGAAAAUGUUGCCCAUGCAAUCCAUCUUUGUCAUUAACCUGAGAAUAUGAAAGUCACAGGGUACCAAAUCUGGACUAUACAGCGGGUGUGGUAGGACAGUCCAGCCAGGGCUGGCAGUGUACUCCACGAUCUUCAAACUGGCACUGGGCCUAGUGUUAUCACGUUGCAGGAGAAAAGUUAUCUUCUUCUCCAGCCUAAUUCUGGAAGUUUGAGCAUUCAGCUUAGUCAGCAUCAUGGUAUAGUGGUCAGAGUUGACGAUCUGUCUGAGUUCCAGGAAAUCCAGAAGGAUCACCCCUUUUCUGUCCCAAAAGAUGGUGCACAUCACUUUAUCUGCUGAAGGUUGCAUCUUGAAUUUUUUCUUUGAUGGGGAAUUCAAUGUGGCUACUCCAUGGACUGCCAGUUUGGCACUGGCUCAUAGUAAUGACAGCACUUCUCGUCACCAGUAGUGAUGAGAUCCAGGAAACUGUCACCUCCAGCCUUGUAUUAGUUCAGUAGGUCUUGACAAACUUGCAUAUGGUGAUCUUUCUCUUCCUCGAUGAGCAUUCAUGAGACCCACCUGGUGCAAACUUUGCAAUAUUCCAACAUUGCCACCAUCGUUUCCAAUCCAUUGAAGCCAAUAUGUGCACAUAAAUAACAUAGUCUGCAGUCAUGACCUACAGAUUCACAUACAUAGAUGAGCUGAUGGAGAUGUUCUUCAUUUUGUGGUGUGACAGCUGAGCAUGGCUGUCCAGAACUGGGCACCUUGCACCACCUCAUUGUGCUUACAUCUACUGUUCGGUUUCCAUAAAAUCUCAGCAAGCGUCGAUGAGUGUCAGUGGGUGGCAUUUUUUCUAAAUGGAUGAAUUCAGUGACACACUUUUGCUUCAUAUGCACUUCCAUAUCAGAUGCCAUCUGUCACACAGAAACAAAAUUUAAUAGAAUAUUGGUGGUAAGGUUCAACCUCUACUGCCAUACCACCACCGUCUGUUUCUGAUGUUUUGAGUCAAGGUAGUAAAAUAGGAGGCAUUGUUUUGGAGCAGCCCUUGUAAUAUAUUGGAGUUUAUAGAAAGGAUUCUUGAUGUGAUUUCUAGGGCAGAGAAUUAAGAGCUGACGUACUCAUUUAACCCCUGGGAUGCCUGAGUUGUUCUGAAACCAGAUGGGUACCUCACCUUCCUGCUCUAGUCUUUGCAGGUGCAAAGUUGACAUUGAUACCACAGGGAUGUGUAAAACGGAUGCUUUGUAAUUGCUAUGAAGGAUGAAAACAUCCUUGGAGGGUGUGAACUACACAUAUGCACAGUGGUUCUCAUUCUAAAACUACCAUAAAGAUUUUUACUUCCUUUAAGGUUCUGAUUUUAUAAAGACAUCUACAGGAAAGGAAGUG